CAGUUUCCGAGGAGACCGUGAACGCAGCACAGGGAUCAACCUGGGGGAGUAAAACUCGCUUCAACCGAACAGAAACACCGACAACAACAAGUUGACACAAUAAUGGGACUUUCCUGUCCCCCCCCCCGGAGUCCGGAGACAUGUACGUUGACCGCGUCGUGGUCGGUUCACAACUUUUAAUCGAGGAAUUAGUCGACGUGUGCCUCGAGACGGAGUUCUGCUUUCAGUCGGAUGGAAGUGCGCGAGACGGUUCAAUGUCCACAGGAAACUACGCGGAGGAGCUGGACUUCCGGUUGGUGUUCGAGGAGGACGGCAGACGGACGGCAGGUCCAGAGCUCAAUGUGAGGACGCCUCCCGCCUCCACUCAGGCUCUGGCGGGGCAGCUCGUCAGCCAGGAGCUGCAAGGUCACCCUCCAUGUUUCCCCUACCUGCACAGCGGCUACCAGCCUCAGGGGCCCCAGUACGGAGCCCAGGGGAACCCCAGAGCCUUUGACUGUCCCAGUAUCCAGAUCACCUCCAUCGCUCCUAACAAUAAUGUGGAGCCGGGCAGUAGCCAGGAAGCUUUGGCGGUAGGCGGGGCAGAAGGGGGUUACCCCGAAGUGUCCUGGUCCAGAAGCCAGCUCUACCUGCCCCUGGACCCCUGCUACCGGGACCCGAUACUCUGCCCGAGCCCCUGCAGCAGCCUGUCCUCCAGGAGCUGGAUAUCCGACCUUUCCUCCUGCGAGUCCUUCUCCAACAACUAUGACGACGUGGAGGGGGAGCUGGGCGAUGCCGCCCGCCUCGCCCUGGGGUCUCCCCUCAACCUGGGGUCCCCCCUCGCCCUGGGGUCCCCCGUCGGGUCGCCUCUGGGGUCCCCGGGCUGUGGAGGUGGGGCGUUCGGGGUGGAGCUAUGGCAACAAAAAUACCAACAUCCUUUAGCCUUCAGUCCGGUGCUGUCGCCCCAUCAGUCGCCCCGCCAGUCGCCCUGCCACUCCCCUCAGACCAGCGUCACCGAGGAGAACUGGCUGAGCCGCCGCCCCACCUCAAGACCGUCAUCCAGACCCACGUCCCCCUGCGGGAAGAGACGCCACGCCGGCGCCGAGUCCAACGCCCGCACGCCGUCCCCCCACCACUCCCCCAGCACCACGCCGGGCGCCUCCCCCCGGGGCAGCGUGACGGACGACACCUGGGUGGGAAGCCCCGGCGGCGCCCUGGGGUCCCUGCUGAUGUGCGGCUACCAGGAUCUGGACGUCCCCUCCAAGACCAGGAGGACGUCGGGAGCCCAGCUGGGGGGCCUCUCCGCCGGGCAGGGAGACCCGGGCCUGGAGCCCUUCCUGGAUUCUCCUGGGGAGGAGGGGCGCGAACAGGACGGCCUGGCGGAUCUCUUCUUCCAGGUGCCGUCCCACUUCAGCUGGAGCGAACCCAAACCUGGGAAUCCUCCUCUGUUCAGGAGCUCGUUCCCCCCCCCUCUAGACUGGCCGCUGCCCAACCAGUUUGACCAGUUUGAGUUGAAGGUGGAGGUCCAGCCCCGAUCCUACCACAGGGCCCACUAUGAGACGGAGGGCAGCCGCGGGUCCAUUAAGGCACCAAACGGGGGACAUCCUGUCGUCAAGUUGCUGGGAUACAGCGAGCAGCCGCUCAGCCUGCUGCUGUUCAUCGGCACCGCAGACGACCGCUACCUCCGGCCGCACGCCUUCUACCAGGUCCACCGGGUGACGGGGAAGACGGUCACCACCAGCUGCCAGGAGAAGAUGGCGGACGGCGCCAAGAUCCUGGAGAUCCCUCUGCUUCCAAGCAACGACAUGUCGGCCAGCAUCGACUGUGCCGGCAUCUUGAAGCUGCGUAACGCCGACAUCGAGCUGAAGAAGGGAGAGGUGGACAUCGGGAGGAAGAACACGAGGGUGCGAGUUGUGUUCAGGGUCGCCGUCCCUCAGCCGGACGGACGGAUGCUGUGGCUGCAGACCACCUCCAGCCCUGUGGAGUGCUCCCAGCGCUGCGGCCAGGAGCUCCCCAAGGUGGAGGGCGUCCUCCCCGCCAGCUGCUCCGUGGACGGAGGGACGGAGAUGCUCAUCACCGGGUCCAACAUCUCCACCCAGUCCCGCGUGGUCUUCAUGGAGAAAGCCCCCGGUGAGACCCGCUAACCCCUCUCCUGUUGA